AUGGCCACCCCUGGAACGCAAUACAUGAUGCAAGCCGGCCUUGCGGCUGGCAUGUCCGCAACAGAAGGUGUACACUCGCCGCACCCCAAGCCAGUUGAUCCCAGCUUCAGCGACCCGGCUUACGGUCUGCCGCUAGAACUAGUUCCAAAUUCGCAGAGUAGGAUUGCUCUUCAUGGUCGGGGAAACCAAGAUGUCCUCAUCCCGUAUAUGAGCAUUGGAGCUUGGUCGUGGGGCGACAAGGCUACAUUCGGCUAUAAUGCCACUCGAGACCUACCGAAAAUCCACGCUGCCUGGCAAAAGCUCAAGUCCGUCGGUUUGACCUUUGUGGACACGGCACAGUCGUAUGGCGACGGCGAGAGCGAAAGGAUUUGCGGUACUCUGUUCGAAGGGAUGCCGCGAGACUCGUUCGUCGUGCAGACCAAGUGGCACUCCACGUCCACGUUGAAGAACACAUUGAUGCAGUCCAGUGGACCGAAAAAGAUGCUGAAGAACUCGCUCGAGCGCCUGGGCCUGGAGUAUGUGGACAUCUACCUCGUGCAUGGACCAAUCCACCCUAGUCAGAUCACCACGGUCGCGAAGGGCUUAGCCGACUGCAUGCAAGCUGGUAUGACUCGGGCGGUAGGAGUCGCGAAUUAUGACACGCAAGAGAUGAUCAAGAUGUAUGAAGAGCUGGGAAAACAUGGCGUGCCGCUCGCGGUCUCUCAGUGCGAGUAUUCGGUAAUUCGUCGUCUUCCCGAGACAAGUGGCAUGAUUCGCGAGUGCAAAAAGCGCAGCAUUUGUUUCCAGGGAUUCGCGUCGUUGGCGGAGGGCCGGCUGACGGGCAAAUAUUCACGUUUCAACGAGCCCCGGCGGACCCUGCGCUUCAGUAGUUACCCUAUGCACAUGCUCGAGCCCACGAUCACGGUUCUGAAAAAGAUUGCGCAGAAUCAUGGUGUGCCGGUCCCGGCGGUGGCCAUUAACUAUUCCAUCACCAAGGGUAUCGUGCCCCUCGUGGGAGUCCGCAAUCCUGAACAGGCCGAGCAGGACAUGCAGGCGCUGGGUUGGCGGCUUACCGAAGAUGAGAUCAAACAGAUCGAGGAGGUCAGUCUGGAGGGUCACAGGUCUUCAAUGUUGCAGCAUGGAUAG